AUGCUUAAGCUCUAUAAGCCUCAGUUUCUGCACCAGUUUGACAACUCAAUGGCUUCCCACUUGGGACUGCCUCCUCAGGACUUGCCUUCUUAUGCUGCCAAUUACUCAGAUGAUUCUAAAACCUGGCGCCCUGUGGAGAUUUCUCGACUGGUCAGCAAGUACCAAAGUGAGAUCUCUGACAGGAGAAUCUGUGCCUCUGCAUCAGCUCCAAAGACCUGCAGCAUUGAGCGCAUCCUGCGGAAAACAGGAAGGUUCCAAAAGUGGCUGCAGGCCAAACGACUCACACCUGACCUGGUGCAGACACUUCCAUAAAAACAAGACUGUAGUGUUGAUGUAUGUGGACACCAAGGCAUAGGCCAGAGACCCAUGGGACAUGAAAACUGCUUGAAUCUCAGAUCUGCCACUAAAAGCUGUGGUGGAAUGAGAAGAAACAUGGUCCCAGGAAGAAUUGUGUGCUUCUGGUUCUCAUUCAUAUAGUCAACAAGUUUCAACAAGUGUGCUGCAGCUGCAGAUUUGGAGAUGAAUCACAAACAACUUCCUCUCCUGGGAGUGUUUGGCUCAGUAGUGGAGACAGAUAAGACCACAAACUACCAACUCUUUCAUGUUGUGAUGACACUUUCUAUGGGGACAAGGGACAGACUACUGAUUUGAGUCUUUUGUUCACUGAGCAGUGGCCUUGAAUUUAAGUCUUAGACUUGUACCACUCCACUUUGACAUUCCUGCUGAAAAGUGGGGUAGAAGGAGGGCUUCUGGAUAAGCUCAAAAUUCCUCCAGGCUCUGACAUUCUUCAACUUUUGUGGCUCUGCUGUGCUUACUUCACAGACAGACCUGACAUCUACUGUCACCAAGUGCUGAUCUGGGCUUGGAUUUUCUAGUUUCUAAAAUGGCAGUACAUGCUCCUUGUUCUGCCUGAUUGCUUCAUCCUAAUAUGUUUAGAGAUAGGAGAUGUUUUAGAAAAAGCCCAUCACUAUAGAAAUACAUGUGGCAUUUUGGUAAGAAGUGAGCCCUUCCUUUUAUUUAUUAUGAAAAAUUCUUCUCUAUCUGUUUUUUAUUGUGUAUUUGACAUGUAGCUUACAAGUUUCUCUUCUUAUAUCUUACCAACACUCAAUAAGACAGCCCAAACCAUAGCUAUAUUCACUUUCCCUCAGCCCUCCCCUAACCCAUCUUUUCAUCCCCACCAGACUUUCUCCUUCCCUAUUAUAAAAUAGAAAAAACAUCAACAACUACUAUAAAUUCAGGGCAAACCUCACUGAUUUUCUAUUCACAAAGAUCAAAGUCCUCACUACUCUUUGCUGGCAGCAUCUUCUCCCAUCCUUGCCAUACUUUUUCCCAGAGUCUUUGCUCUUGGAGUCUACAAGUCAUCUGCCCUUGGAUUUCUUGCUACUCUUUUCUACUCCCAGGACUCAUCUGACUAUCACCCUCAGGCCUGUUCUUUGCUUUAUCAAAACUUAGUUUCAAAUAGAUCCUUCUCUACUAACACUGGAGGGAAAAAAGCAUCACCUAGCCUAACCCAGGAGAAUUGAAAACCAGACUUUAAAAUAGUAUCAUAGUAAAUAUUCAUAAGAGUGCUACUUAUCAUAGCCAAAUGGUGGGAACAGCCCAAAUGUUCAUCAACUGAUGGACGGCUAAGUAAAAUAUGUUGUAUCCAGACCAUGAACUACUUAUCAGUCAGCCUUAACAAGGGAAAAAGUACCGAUUUACACCACCACACAGAUAAACCUUGAAAACAUGCUCCAUAAAAUAGGUCAGACACCAGAGGGCAAGUAUGAUUCUAUUUAUAGGAAAUGGGCUCAGCAGGCAAAUGAAAAGAGACAAAAAAAAUUAGUGGUUGAUAAGAUCUAAGAAUGGGAGAGAAUUCAGAGUGAGUAUUGUUGGGAUAGAGUUCCUUUGGGGAUGAACAGAUUCUAGAAUGAGGCAUUGAUGAUGUUUUCAUAGCUUUGUGAAUGUACUUAAAACCCAUCAAAUUGUAUAGUUUAAAAUAACUAAAGUGGCCAGGCACUGUGGUACAUGCCUGUAGUCCCAGCAUUUGGGAAGGUGAGGCAGGAGGCUGGCAAGUUUGAAACCAUUCUGCCCUACAUAGUGAGACCUUUUAUCAAAAGAAUCAAUAGUUAGAGUGUUGAACUUCAUGUUAUAUGAAUUUUUUUCUCUGUAUGUGGUUUUUCAAGACAGGAUUUCUCUGUGUAACAUCGGGCUAAUGAAAAGCUCCUGCAAACUGUGGUUAAAUAUGAUUCUCUGUUCAUUAGAUGUGAUUACCCUCAGGGUCCUGUCUCUGUCUUUCAUGCUCACUGAACUCCCUUAGAACUGGAUGAGAAAACAUAUCUUUAAGUGGAAAUGGCAGGUCACUGCCUUCUGAUUUGUUUGAUUCUUUAAAAAAAGAUUUAUGAUGGUGUUGCACACCUUUAAUCUGAGCACUUGGGAUGCAGAGGCAGGUGAA